AUGUCCAAUCCCGAUGAUUUAGACGAUGGUUUAUUAUAUGAUAAUGACCUGGAUUAUAACAAUAAUGAAGAUGCGAUAGAUAUUUCCAACAUUGAUGAACCAACAGAAGCAUCGAAAGAAACUGAUAAAUUAUCCAAGAAAAGAGAAAGAAACGAUGGAUCAGAAUCAGAAUCGGAAUCAGAAUUAGAAAAAAAGCAUGUGGAUAAUGAUGAAUCUAAAGUGUCAAAAAGACAAAAAAAAUUAAAAAAUUCUAAAUUACACCAAAAGAAACAAGAACAAUUAGAAUAUGAUAUUAAGCAAAGAAAAGAUAUUGCAAAAGCAGGCGGUGAAAAGAUUGUCGAAUUUUUUAGUACUUUAAUUCGUAAAGCUAACCCAGAUUUGAGUGCAUUGGAAUUGGGAGAAUUAUAUUUUAAAAAAGAGGAUUUUCUCUGCAGUGCCAAAUUCGAAGAUGAACGUAAUUUAACAAAUUUUCCCAAAUUUAUGGAUAACUUUUCCAAAUCACCAAAAGCUAUUGUUUUAUCAAUGUCGAAUAUUAGAGUAGCAGAUGUGACGCGUAGUUUGAAUUUCGGUAAUAAUAGCAAGUGUAUUAAAUUGUUUUCUAAAAAUAAACUAAAAGAUGAUAUUAGCAGCAUUGAAGCCAUAUUAGGAGAAGGUGCUAAAACUAAGAGAUCAAAGAAUGUAAAGUAUUUUAUUGUUACUCCUACAAGAAUGGAAAAGUUACUAGAAAAUACAGACUUGUUUUUUAAGGGUAAGGACAAAUUAGAUAUUAUAUUAGAUGCCAGUUAUCUAGAUAAUAAAAAAAAUAGCAUUUUAACAUCUGAAAAUAGUGCUAUUCUAUGUAAAGUAUUGAAGACUAUCUUGAAGAAUAAAAGUUCUGUUAAGGUAAUUCUAUAUUAA